CUCCUUUCCCUGACACAUUCACACACACUCGCUCCCACUGUUAUUGUGAGAGCGCUUCAUAGCGUCCGCAGGCAGGCGGUGCACAUAUAAACACUAACAACACAUUCCCAUUGAAAAAUCUACUGCGUUAGUGCAGACCAUGGCGGCUGCCACCAGCAGCAGCCCAACCACAUUGCAGAUAAAGCAUUCCAGCAUCGAGCACGCGAGAAAACGCAUAGACCCCAGGAGGAGACAGGCAGCCCUUUCUUUUCUUACCAAUAUCUCUUUAGACGGCCGGCCGGUGCAGGAUGACAAUCAGGGCGAGAAUUCGGAUGGGGCCAUUGAAGCGAGGACUAGACAGAGCCUGGUUUCUGCAGAAAGGGGGAUCUACCCUGCUGCCGCAACAUCAGCGGCCCAAGCGUUUUCUGCAGCCAACCACGCUCUGCUGUACAAUUCGCGAACUGGCUUCGGGAUGAGCCCGCUUGCAGCACCAAUGUGUGCCGACCAGGAAAGAGAUGUUUUUGCCAGCGGAGUGCACGGUGCUGGGCAGCCUGUGUUCAGCUCUCCCUACCCUGCAGUAGCAGCAGUGUCGAGAGGGAGGCUCCAGUCAUUCACUCAGGGAAUCCUACCUGCCACUUUCUCCAGGCAAGCAUCUCAGAACUACUGCUGUCUGGAACCAGGGCAGAUUAGCAACACUGCGUUUGAGCUCCAGAGGUCCAGGCGAAGACUUAUCUCCCAGCGCUCCUCUCUGGAGACUCUGGAAGACAUCGAGGAAAAUGCUCCUCUGCGCAGGUGCCGCACUCUAUCAGGUUCACCCAGACCAAAGAGCUUUAAGAAGGUUCACUUUAUUAAGAACAUGAGGCAGCACGACACCAGGAAUGGCAGGAUAGUCCUUAUCAGUGGCAGAAGAUCCGUCUGUAGUGUAUUUUCAGUGCUGCCCUAUCGAGAUUGUAACCAAGAAGGGGAGCUGAAGCUGGAGGGUGGACGACAGCGUCAUCCUUCUGGAGGUGUGGGUACCAAAGAGAUGGUGAUCGGCCUCGAGGGCGUCGAGCUGGGGGCCGACGGCAAGACUGUCUCCUACACACAGUUCCUGUACCCUACAAACGCCCUGAGCACACGGAGGAACACCAUCGACUCCACUGCUUCCUUCUCCCAGUUCCGAAACACAAGCCAUCGCAGCCUUAUAUUGGCCAGAGCCAACAGCACCCAGGGGAGUAUUGAUGCAGGGAGUGACAUUGCAGACUUUUUGGAAUAUGACCCGAACCUUCUCGAUGACCCCCAGUGGCCGUGCGGGAAACACAAGAGGGUCCUGAUAUUCCCUUCUUACAUGACCACCGUGAUUGAGUAUGUGAAACCAUCUGACCUCAAGAAAGACAUGAACGAGACAUUUAAAGAGAAGUUCCCUCACAUCAAGUUGACCUUGAGCAAGAUAAGAAGCCUAAAGCGGGAGAUGCGCAAGCUGGCCCUGGACGAGUGCAGCUUCGAGGAGCCCACAGUGGCCAUGGCCUUCGUCUACUUCGAGAAGCUGGCCCUCAAGGGAACGCUCAACAAGCAGAACCGCAAGUUGUGUGCCGGCGCCUGCGUGCUGUUAGCAGCCAAAAUAGGAAGUGACCUCAAGAAGCACGAGGUGAAACAUUUAAUAGAUAAACUGGAAGAGAAGUUCCGUCUGAACCGGCGUGAGCUGAUAGCAUUUGAAUUCCCAGUGCUGGUGGCUCUGGAGUUUGCUCUGCACCUCGCCGAACACGAAGUGAUGCCACAUUACAGACGGCUCCUGCAAAGCUCCUAGCACUGGCUACUCAUCAGGAGAGCGUUUUACACUCUUCUGAUCAGGGCUUCUCUUCAACUGACUCCACAAAAGCUCCUUUCACUACUGGAAACAGCAACAAAUCAUACACAGAACUCAAAAUGUAGGACUUCAAGCAGCCUGAGAUGAAAGGCUCAGAACUACAUGUGACUUUUUGUUUUGUUUAUUCAUCGGAAGUGGCUUAAUCCUAUUGAAAGCACUGUUGCUUAGGGUACUUCAGGUUGCUAAGGGGCAAAAGUGAUUAAUACCAGUAAAUCAGUGCAUUUCUAGGGGUGGGAAACAGAGUUUUUGUUUUUAGCCUUUGUUUUGUCUUUGGUGUAUUGUUUUGCCUCAUAGCUUUUCCUUGAACUGGAAGCAUUGUACCGCACAGCUCUUCAGGCUGAUAAAGAUCUUGCCCUUACCGUUUGAUAGGCCUUUUCACUGCUUUGACUGCUUUGAGGUAGUUUUUUUUCUGGCAGUCACGGCAUCACAGCCAUAUACAGAUCCUUAUUCGGGUGGAAUUUUAUGUACUUCUCAUAAGUCAGUGGUAUAGAAAGGUGGUGAUUUGUUUGUGUGUUUGUUUUAAAAAGCCCACCUAAUCUAUUUUUUUUUUUUUUUUUUUUCAUCAACUUCACUUAAUUUUUAUAGGGACCAUUCUGAUCAAUUUACUGAAACCUGAGACACUUUGCUGUCUUUUACCGUUCAAUUCCAUACCAUACAGCCAGCAUUUGCUUUUUCAGUAUUAAUGUAAGCUUCACAAAAAAAAUAUUUUAGUAAUGGGGUUUCAUACACAGUACACUUCUUCUUGUUUGAUACUUUCCUGUGCUUUGUUUCUACAUGUGGAGACUUUAACUGCACCCUUCAAUAUUUUAUUUCCCAUGCUCUAUGUUAGAGCCUAUUAUAAGCACAUUUAUAGUGCUGCUGUGUGUGUGAGGGGGGAGCUGAAAUUAGUGCAAAAUGAGUUGGGCAAUAUGUACAAGAGGUAUGUAGCAGUGGAGAUUGAAAACAGUGGUUUGUUUAAUGGGAUUCUGCAGUUAAGAGCCACCAAAUUAUUAUUAUUAUUAUUAUUAUUAUUAUUAUUAUUAUUAUUAUUAUUAUUAUUAUUAUUAUUUUUCUUUAAAUGAGGCAAGGUCAUGAAUCCACAAAUUAUAAGCUGGAAGAUCAUGAGGUUAAAAUUAACUUUAUAAAGCAUCUAUAAAUAUUAAACACUGUAAUGCUGAAAUUAGAAAUAAUAAAAUAAACUUAAAUUCAAUUACAAAUGUUUAUUAGGAGUCUUUUUCAGUGUCAUGAAGACUUCCAGUUGAAACAUUUGUCGUUGAAUUUGUUUCUUUUAGAAUUUCUAAGAAAUGAACCAAUGUAAUGAAGUAAAGAACAGAAAUUGUGGUUUGUAUUAAGUUAUAAAUGUAACAGGCUCCUUUUGCCUUUCGCACCAGAAUCCCUGCAGUUGUUUUGAAUUCAACCAAAAAAAAUGUACAGCUGCUUUGUUAUUUUCGUGCUUUAUUCCACUGUGGAAAACUAAUCGAACAUCGUGGCACAGGAGGACAGGCCCUGAACACAUUAGCAAAAAAAAAAAAAAACUACAGUGUCAACAUUCCAUAAGCAUCUAACCACAUACAUUGUUUCUCACCACUAUCACAUGUCUGAAGCAGGAGGGAAAAAAACAUCAAUUUUAAAGCACUUCUGUUUCAUUCUUUUUAAUUUACACCUUAAAGAGGCUUAUCACACCAACAGGCUGGUAAGAUCUCUAGAUAUGCCCCCAGCACUCCAGUCCAUGAUUAAAUAUCCCCAAGAUCAUUUGACAUCGCAGUUAUACCCUCUCCAUGGUUUCAUUUGAAGCAUCCUUUGUGAUUUUGAACAUGGCCUAACCUGCUAGACACUUUGCAGAGGGGAAAUAGGGCCUUGUACUCCUGUGGAUGGAUACUAGUGAGAAUCUUAUGGUUGAGGCAACAAAAUAGACAUUUAGAGUUGUCUCAAGUACAUAGCAAGACAUUAUACAGUUGUGUGUAUUUGUGUGUGUAUAGUCAAAAGUUUACAUACCGCAAUGGAAAUUUCUAGAAAUUUCGCGAAAACAAAUAAUUAUAGGAAAAAUCUUUUGUAGCAAAAGUUUUGCUUUUGUGGAUGAGGAAAAAAUGCUUCAAGAAAUUGUGAGGGUCUGGAAUCAACUCCCCAGUAAUGUUAUUGAAGCUGACACCCUGGGAUCCUUCAAGAAGCUACUUGAUGAGAUUCUGGGAUCAAUAAGCUACUAACAACCAAACAAGCAAGAUGGGUCAAAUGGCCUCCUCGUUUGUAAACGUUCUUAUGUUCUUAAAUGGAUGUCUACAGUUAUUUAUUUCAGCGGUUUUUUUGCAAAACUUCAAAAGUGCUAAUUCAAAAGUAUUCGUACCCUGACAAGGAAAAUGAAAUGAAUAGCUAGUUGAGGCACCUUUAGCAAUAAUAACCUUUGACCAGAACUCAUAUCCAUCAUUCAAAUGCCAUUUUGCAAACUUUAAGCAAUUAUCCUUGUGAUGUUUUCCUAAGAGUGACUUUUUCCUUGGCCGCCGACCAUUGAGAUCUUCACCAUGCAAUAUUCGACCUGUGGUUGAAAUGGAAACCCCAGUCCCACAUGCAGUCAAUUCACUUUGAAUAUCUUUGGCAGUCAAUCUCGAAUUGUUAUUAACCUUCCUCACAAUUCUUCUACUUCUUGGUGAAAGAACCUUCUUUCUUCCAGACCGAGGUAGCGUUGUGAGAGUGCUGUGAGUCUUGUACUUCUUGAUAAUAGAAACAAUAGUUGAAAUUGAUCUACUCAAAUGCUUGAAAAUCUCCUUGUAGCCUUCUCCAGCUUUUUGACAGUAAAUAAUUUUCUUGCCUAAGGUCUUCAGAUAGCUCUUUACUUUUUCCCAUAUUGACUUACUGGUAAUGACAGCAAUCAUCCUAUACCUACCCCUUUUAUACUCUCUAAGAAUGUUCACAUACAAUCCAGCAUUUUCUAGACUUUUCUAGAAUUAGGUUCUGCAUUAUCAUAUUGAAAUAUCUAGCACGUUGUAGACAAUACUACCGUAGCAUCAAAGGGUAUGAAUACUUUUGAAUUAGCAUUUUUUGAGUUUUGCAAAAAAAAAAAUGCUGAAAUAAACAAUUGUAGACAUCUAUUUCUUUUUUUUUCCCUCAUCCACAAAAGCAAAACUUUUGCUUCAAAAGAUUUUUCCUGAAAAUCUUUGUUUUCUAGAAAUUAUAAAUUUCCAUUGGGGUAUGUAAACUUUUGACCUCAAUUAGAUGAAACAAAGUUAUCAAACAGAAUUGAAGUUGAUUUAUAUUACUGAACUCUACAAUGAUCCUGCAUCUUGAAAUAUUACAACCUGAGGGCCAUUGGAUUUAAACAUUGUAUUUACCAGAUAUGUUUAAUGUCCCAAUUCCAAAUAAGCACUUAAGGAUGUGGAAACCCAGUGUAAUUGUCCAAAGAAAACAGCAGACUAGAAUGUAUUAAAUUGGUUUCUGAGGGACUGUGCCAUUCUUCUGUAUCAGUGUUGUAUCUUGAUAUGUGCUCAGUUUUCUUGCAGUGUAUUUGAUGAUAUUUCAAAUGGUAGUUCAGCUUGCUGGAUAGGGAAGAGAUCAUGUUCCUCAGAAAUGGAACCGGAACAGAAUAUCCAUUAUUUAUUGCCCAAUUCUGAUUUAGAGUUUACACUAUUUUUCAUGAUUGCUGGAUUGUUUUUUUUUCCCAUUGUAGUUUACCUAUUUGCUUUUUAAUGUUAACACAAAGUUAAAAGACAUGAUAUUGCACUCUUGGUUUAUGAUCAAAACAAAGCCAUAUCAAAUCAAACACAAAAGCACCUGAAGCACAGUCAGGCCAAAUUGUUACGCUUUCGCUGUAUUUUGCUUGUUUGCCUGGCUAGCAGUUUUUACUCAAUUUACAGUUCUGUUGAAUGUAACUGAUAACUGGCAAUCGGACUGAAUCUCCUUUGACUUUAUCCUGUCAGAUCUGUUGCGAAAAUCAGUAAAGACUUCACAUUGCUCUGUCCUUUUAAGCUGAAACUGUGUACUCUGUAAAAAGAAAUGUUGUUUUAAAAUUUAGAGCAAGUAAAAUGUUGUCCAACAUCCAAACUAUGUAAUGUUGUACUUUGUCUACUGCAAAUUCCCUUGUUAAAGGGUACAUCAGCACUACAUAAAAUAAAACAAACUAUCCCACCUUGCUGUUCCGAAUGUAUUUGGCCAUUGUAUAAUAAUCUGUAUGUGUCCAAACAUUUGCAUAGUGCUGCACUGCCAAUGUCCAAAAUCAUUCUUCUGGAGCAUCUCUUCUGAGCCAAAAAACUUGACUUCCGCGUGUACUGUCAGAUGUACUGGCACAUGCCAAAUGAAGCGCUGUGUAAGCUAUGUUACCUCCGCGUGGAAACACACUAGUCUGUGUGACAAACAUGGUCUGUCUAAUUUUCCAUAAGGAAGGAACUUGUACCUGCUUUCGUUUUGAGUAGUAGACUUUCACACUGUACAGGUUUCCUUCACAUGUUGUAUUUUGAUGUAUUAUUAUGAUUAAUGUUGCAUUCAAUUAAAACAAAAAAAAAAAAAGUCUGCUGUGUAAGUGGUUGCAGGGAAAAUAAAAUCAAGACGGAGUUGUUCUCAUUUCCAACUAAUGAAGGUACCUACCAACAAUUAUAGCAGCACUGUGUUAUUUCAAUAUAUAUCCCCAGUCUUAGAUACAGCUCCAGCUGAUUCUGAAUGUUUGCAGAAUUGACACAUAUCAAAUAAACUAGCUAAUGAGAUUAGGAAACUAUGUAUUUCCUUUCGUAAUGAGGUCUUUGAGGAUGAUCCGACCUAAAAAAUAAAUAUUGCAUUUUUUCA